ACUUAUUUUUGCCUCGCCUACUCUCCAGCCAACUCCACUAGCGCUGAAGAUUGACCACGUCCACAAGAUAGCCUACUGAUGUCAAAAUAGUGAAGACAGGGAAGCGCUGGAGGUGACAAAGGAGAAAUAUGAGCUGAGAUUUAACGGUUUUUGGACAUUGAACAUAUGAACACUGUAGAUUGAGUCCCUGUUUAUUUGUGUUGCAGGCUAUCACAAAGGAUUUGUUGCGCAUAAAAGAAACUGCAAAAAGAGGCACUGAGGACAAAUACCAAAGUUCCAAGCAAACUAUUUUGCGUUUUAUAGUAUCCUAAAGGAUUAACUGCAUUUUUCUUGAAUGUUGUGACCAGAACGACUGGAAGCCACAAUAAUACGUUUUGUAGUGUUUCUGUGGUUAAUUUUAAGAUUGAGGAAUGUUACCCCGGCUUGAAAAGUUGAUCCAGCUACUAUCGCUGGCCUGCUAUCUGUUUUUUGGUGCUGUCUCAUCGGAAAAAGAAAUCAGAGCUGAGGCUUGGUUACAGCAGUAUGGCUACCUGCCUCCGGGGGACGUUCGGGCCCAGGCCAUCCGCUCCCCAAAGUCUAUCAUCACGGCCAUCUCUGCCAUGCAGCGCUUCUAUGGCCUCACUGUCACCGGGUCCAUAGACACAAACACUCUACAGGCGAUGAGUCGGCCACGCUGCGGCGUUCCAGACAAGUUUGGACCGGAGCUGAAGAGCAACCUGAGGAGGAAGCGCUACGUCGUCCAGGGGCUGAAGUGGGAAAAAAACGAGGUCACCUUCAGCAUACAGAACUACUCCCCCAAGGUAGGCGAGCAGGCCACUUUCAAGGCCAUCCGCAGGGCCUUCAAGGUGUGGGAGAGCGAAAUCCCUCUGACCUUCAGGGAGAUCCCCUACAGCCACAUCAGGGACAAGGUCGACAAGUUCGCAGACAUCAUGCUCUCCUUCGCCGAGGGUUUCCACGGCGACAGCACCCCCUUCGACGGCGAGGGCGGCUUCCUGGCCCACGCGUAUUUCCCGGGGCAGGGCAUAGGGGGCGACACGCACUUCGACCUGGCUGAGCCGUGGACCACCGGCACUGUCGACCAGGGGGGUAAUGAUGUGUUCCUGGUGGCGGUCCAUGAGCUGGGCCACGCCCUGGGCCUGGAACAUUCUAACAACCCCUCGGCCAUCAUGGCCCCUUUCUACCAGUGGAUGGAAACGGAGAACUUCCAGCUCCCGGACGAUGACCGCAGAGGGAUCCAGGCCAUCUAUGGGACAAAGUCUGGGGCCCCCCCGCCUCCCCCCCGGCCCACCAGGCCCUCCAAACCCGACACCCCCACCCAAGGCCCAGACGUCUGUGAGGGCCACUUUGAUACCAUCGCAAUCCUCAGGGGAGAGAUGUUUGUCUUCAAGGAUAAGUGGCUGUGGCGUGUGCGUAAUAACAAAGUGCUGCAGGGUUACCCCAUGCCCAUCGGACACUUCUGGAAGGGACUGCCCUCCAACAUCAACGCUGCCUACGAGAGGGAUGAUGGGAAAUUUGUCUUCUUCAAGGGUGAUAAGUACUGGGUGUUUAGUGAGUCGGCCAUGGAGAAGGACUCUCCUAAGAGUCUGAAGGAGCUUGGUACUGGGCUGCCCAAAGACAGGCUGGACGCUGCUCUCUUCUACACUCCCACGGGACAAACCUACUUCUUCAGAGGAACAAAGUACUACCGCUUCGACGAGAAAACUCGCACCGUGGACGCCGAGUACCCCAAACCCAUCAGUGUGUGGAAGGGUGCUCCGGAUAACAUCAAGGCUGCCAUCAUGAGCGAAGAUGGAUCCUACACCUACUUCUACAAAGCCAACAAAUACUGGAAGUUCAACAACCAAUACGUGAAGGUGGAGUCUGGCUACCCCAAAUCUGUCCUCAGCGAAUGGAUGGGCUGCGAGGGGGAGGAGCCUAUGGGCAGAGACGGGGAAGUGAUCAUCAUCGAAGUGGAGGGAGAAGAGGGCGGGGCAGCCGCAGCGGCUGUGGUGAUCCCUCUGCUCCUAUUGGUGUUCGUGGUCCUCACUCUGGGGGCGUUGUUGUUCUUCAGGAAGUACGGCACACCGAGACGCCUCCUGUACUGCCAGAGAUCCCUACUGGACAAGGUGUAGGCGUACAGCACACGCACUCACAGACAGAUGGACACAGAGGGAGGUAGAGAGCACUUAAUGAAGAGCGAAAAGGAAGGAGGGAGGGAGCGAGGGAGGGAUGAAGGAAAGAUGGGAGAAAUGGAGAAGGAGAAAGAAAGGGUGCUUGAAGUUGGAGUUGUGGUGGUUGGCUGUAGAUGCCACCAGGAGAGAGUGAGAGAGAGAACGGGAUGACAAGAAACUGAAUCAGGAAAGACUCAUGUGUAUUUAGUAUGUUAGCUUUUUACAUGUACUGCUCUGUGUUCUGACUGAUGGAACAGAUCCCCUCUACGCAAACACACACACAAAAACAAUAAAUCCACCAAAAUGGCUCUUUCAUUCCCUCCUUCCCUCCCUCCUCUCUCCUCCUUCCUCAGCUAACUCACCUCCUGUACUUGACGAAUCCAGCUGAACUGCUGUCUGAUUAGAACUUUGAUUCCUUUUUGUUCCUCCUCCAAAGCAUAGCUCUCUUUCCCCACCUUGUUCUCGCCCUUCUGCCCCUGAGACGACUACGUCUCCAUGGAGCCCGUAACCCUUAACAGAAGUGUGGUACACCAGUAUAGCUCCGUCAGAUUACGGUUGGGGGUGUGAUGGGGUUGCGUAGACAGUCAUACACCCUGUUUUCCAGGGUUACUGUCAGACGGGCACAGGUCACAAUCAAGAUGGCCGCCGGUGAUAUAUAGUCUAAUAUCCUUAAAAAAAAAGGUCUGUUAUCCUCCUUAGUGAGUUUCUCUGUACACAGCUCACCACGUGUCUUUCAUCUCUCAGGCCCUUGGUGUGAGGUCUCGUCUUAAAACGAGCAGUCGGAGUAGUGGUUGGAAGGAUGAAAUUAUCUUCCAACUGUCAGACCAAGACAGUUAAUUAAAUGUUCAGAGCAGAGCUGCUUGUCCAAAUGUUUGAUUUCCUGGUACCAUUUUUCAACCAAACACAGUUGUCUUAUCGUGUUUUGUUUUUGUAAUAUUUUAUUAUCGUCGUUAUCAAUGUUGUUGUUGUUUUUAUUAUGACUAUGGUUGUUGUUAUUAUUGUUGUCCUAAGUGUAGUUGUGAAUUAUAUUAUUACGCAUUGCCAUACCGAGCCCUGCUGGGCAGAGGCAUCGCUUGGCAACUAACAAAAUGGCCGCCGUUGGCGUUCUGUCAUUGUGUGGUGAAAUUGGUCUGCACAGAGAGGGGGUACUUUUUGAUAAACAGCCGUUUCUAUUCCCCCUAUUCUUUGGCAUAUCAAACACAAUUAAACAAUACUAUUUAUGAAUGAUUUUUGAUGGUGCUCAAUGUUUUCUUGUCUUACGCAAGUAAAAAAUGAAGUGGAAUUGGUUUAGUGAUAACAAUGAUAAUGGUAAUUAUAUUUAUAAUAAUAAUAACAUCAAUAAAAGGGAAUUUGAUUGUU